AUGGAAAGCUUGGACGCUAAUUUUCCUGUGCGCCAUAAAAAGGUCUCACUCGAAAGUAAGGGAAACAAGACAGAGAUUGUGAUCUGCAGCUAUGAAGAUCAUAUCCUUGUCAUAGCAACACAGAUUGGAGCCAUGGGAACUAUAUUGCACGCAAGGAAGGAAGAAGGGAUGUCUGUUGAACCAACAUUUAGUGUCUCGGUGAUAUUCGGAAAGCGAGAUGAGCCAAUGCUAAUAGCAACUGCUCGAAGACUAAUCGAACACAUAAGUUCUUGUGUUCCCUCGAAGCCUCUGGUCCUCUCUCUUGGUCUCAAAGAUCAUUCUUCGGAGACGUUGAAGGAAAUAGUAGCAGCUGUGAUCGAGAAUCGCCUCUGGUAA